AUGAACAAACAAGAUACGCCUAAUUAUGAAUAUGCUCGACAGGAGAUUACUAAGGUUUUCCCACUACCUGGUUUAGAUGAUGGGUCUCUAGCCCCUGUCAUUUUAAGAUUGGCGUGGCAUUGUUGCGGUACCUUUGACAAAUACACCAACACAGGUGGCUCCAACGGUGCCACAAUGAGAUUCCCACCAGAACUUACAGACAGCGGCAAUAUUGGGCUUGACGUCGCAAGACUGGCACUUGAGUCUACAAAAUGUGCGCUAAAAUGGAUAUCUUACUCAGAUUUAUGGACCCUUGCGGGUGUCGUGGCCAUCGAAUAUAUGGGUGGCCCGCGGGUACCUUGGAAACCGGGUAGAAUUGAUUACGUGAACGACAAAAGGGUUCCUCCAAAUGGGAGAUUACCGCUAGGUUAUAAAGACUCAGUCCAUAUUAGAGAGGUAUUCCUCCGACUUGACAUGAAUGACCAGGAAACAGUUGCGCUUCUAGGGGCGCAUGCAGUGGGGAGAUGCCAUAAAAGGUACAGCGGAUGGGAAGGUGCGUGGACCUUAGAACCUACAGUCUUUGACAACACCUUCUUCAAAGUUUUGUUGAACGAAACUUGGAGCGUUGGAACCGUACCAGAGACUGGUAGAACACAGUACUUCAAUGCAGACAAAAGCCUCAUGAUGCUCUAUACUGACAUGGAAUUGGUGAAGGAUCCACAGUUCUUGAGGUGGGUCAAAGUUUACGCCCAGGACCAAACGCUUUUCUUUAAGGAUUUCUCCGAUGCGUUUGCCAAAUUAUUGGAACUUGGGAUUGAAAGAGACCUAAUGGGAGGAGUAAUAGGAAAAUAG